AUGCUUAAUGAGAAUAAUGAAUUGGUUGAAAGUUUGGGCGAAACAAACCAAGAAUUUAUCAUACCGGAAAAUUUAAGUAGAGAAGAGUUAAUAACAAAAGAAUUAAAUCAAAUUGAACCCGAAAGAAAUGGAUUGCAAGUAGAAAACUUGAAGUUGGAGAGUCAGAUUUUGAAAAAACAAGGAGAACUUAAUGAUGCCCUCAGAGAAUGUAGUGAUUCAGCAGGCAUUAUAUUACAAAGAGAUGAAGAAAUUGGAAAUUUAAGAAAUCAAAUUACUACUUUACAAAGGACAAUUAACGAAAAUGAACGAAAAGGAUUAGAAAGAACCUUUCAGUUUGAAAACAAAAUUACUUACCCCGAAAACGAAAAUCAAGUUGAGCGGAGAAAAACCGAAGAAAAAUGUACUCAAACUGAGCAAAAUUUUCCAGAUCGAACUCAAAUAAUAUCUCUCAUGGUGGGACAAGAAAAAAAAAUAAAAAGGAAUGAGGCACGAAAAAUCUACCUCAAUGAAACCAGUUUAGAAGGAGAAUUAGAUUUGGAGGAUUUUACUGGUUUGCAGGAAAUUCAUAUUUCUCCCCAAGUAAAUGAAACCAAAUUAACUUUUAAAAACCAAGGAGAAAAUAUUAAGAUUAUUAGAAAUAAAAAAGCAGGUAUCACUCACCAAGAAGCCGCCGAGUGGAUUAAGUUAGGAUUCGAACCAAAGUAUUUCUGGAAUGUUAGUUAUCAACCUAGUUCUAAUUUAGAUUUAGAGCAACUAAGGAUUGAAUUCACUACUCCUCAAAAUUAUUUAAGCUGUUUUUAUCCUCAAAAAAUAGGAACAAAGAAAAUGAUUUAUCUGAAUAUUAGAGGAAAAAACUUAACUGGGGAAUUGGAUUUGAGUGAUUUUCCUAAUUUAGAAACGUUGGAUUGUAGAAGUAGAUUAGAAAAAGAAUUAGAAACUUUGGCAUUAAAUAAUCCUGAUAAGAGUAAAGUGUUGAAAGAAGCUUAUAGUAAGUGCGGGACAUGUGAAGAAUGUCAAGAACCAAAUACCAAAAAAAACGAACAUAAAAACAAAAAGAUUGUUCUGAAAUUUCUUAAUAAUUCCCAAAAAAUCACUUUGGAAUUAUUAAGAGAAGUUACUAAUACUAGUCUAGUGAAAGGGGGCGUUGUCUUUUGUCAUGGUAUCACCCAAGAUCCUGUUACUAAAAAUUUAGUGAUGGUGAUGGAUUACAUGAAUAGCGGCGAAAUCUUUGGUGUUCCUGCUUAUUUAGCACCCGAAGUAUUGCAAGGAAAACCUCACACCAAAGCGUCAGAUGUUUACUCUUUGGGCAUAAUUAUUUAUGAAUUAUUGGCUAACGCUUAUCCCUAUCCCGAUUUAAAUGACUUAGAUUUAAUUUUGAAAGUAUGUCAGGGAUAUAGACCAAAUAUAGAUGGGUUAAAAGUCCCUAACUUAUUAAAGAAUUUGAUUAAAAAAUGUUUAGAUCCCAAACCAGAAAAGAGGCCAACUGCCAAA